AUGUUCAAAACACCUCGUGAGAUGAAAUGUAUGAAAUGGCCGUUGUUGGUAUCAAAUUUCUGGUGUUCCGCUCUGGACUUUAGUUUUGGAACUUUAUCGACUCCAUACAUUUUCCAUCCACACGCGGCACUUUUCGGGUGUGGAAUUCUUAACAUUUUCAACAUUCCACUCAUUUAUCUGAUGGUCCCCGGCAUAUUUGUGAUAAUCAGUAUAAAACGAAGCAGUGUUAUUGAUUAUAACAUUUUCAAAAUCAGGAGUCGUAAGACUAAGUUAUUGUAUUACGCGUUCAAUUAUCUUCUUUACGCACCUGUCUCCUGGUUUUUGUUUCAAGUUCCAAAGAAUCAAGAAGCCGCGAAAUUGGAGACUUUGAAAUUUGGACCAUGUCCGACUAGAGAGUUUUUUACGGAGCCAGCAUUCGUAGUAUUUUCAAGUCCAAUUUUAGCAAAUUUUGUUGUUUUGGGAAUAGCUUUUUACGUCACAACGAGUACAUUACAAGUACUCUUCUUUGUGGGGUGCUCAGUCUACUAUCUUUACCUCACAUCGUGCCCAUUAUCAUCCCCUCUAACUCGAAAAUAUCAAUCUCAUUUUUUCAUCGGUAUUACUGUACAAGCAAUUGUUCCAUUGUCGUUUGUCACUUAUGGAAUAGCAAUCACAUGCUUGUUGUUGGAUCGCCUUACUCAAGGCGUUAUCAAUAUGUGUAUAGUAACUGUGGGGAUUCAUGGACUCGCCGAAAGCUUGGCUAUCAUUUUGGUUCAUGGACCAUACCGAGAGUUUGUAAUGAGCUUUUUGAAACGAAAACACAAAUUACAAGGUAUGGUUUUUGAGUUUUCGUGUUUUGAAAAAUAUUUUUCUCCUUUUCAGAUUCUCGUCGUACAAUCGAGCAUAGCAGUGUAA